AUGGCCAGACUAUUAUUACUUUCCCUCCCAGGUCUUGUAGCCAUAUGUGCCGUGCACGGAAUAUUUAUGGACAGACUUGCUUCCAAGAAGCUCUGUGCAGAUGACGAGUGCGUGUAUACUAUUUCUCUGGCCAGAGCUCAAGAAGAUUACAAUGCCCCAGACUGUAGGUUCAUUAAUGUUAAAAAAGGACAGCAGAUUUAUGUUUACUCAAAGCUGGUACAAGAAAACGGAGCUGGAGAAUUUUGGGCUGGCAGUGUCUACGGAGAUGACCAUGAGGACGAGAUGGGCACCCUGGGCUAUUUCCCCAGCAGCUUGGUCGAGGAGCAACACUUGUACCAAGAAGCCACCAGAGAAGUCCCCACCACGGAUAUUGACUUCUUCUGUGAGUAAGAAAUUAGACAAACCUGCAAGGAAAAAGGAAACACCAAAAACUAGG